ACUUUUCUCCUUGACGACGGCUUCGAAAAGUUUUAAUUAGGAAUGAAAUGCCUGUGAAGAGUAAAGCUAGCUUUUUGGAGGCAUAUAAUAGCCUCACGGACAAACAUUUGGUAAACUAUUUUUCUACAUCUCGGAUGAGACGGCAUCUUAUAAACAAUGGACUAAUUACAGAGAAUGGUGAAGUCAUACCGGAAUCGGAAUAUAAAGAGACAAAAAUUCGUGAAAAUCUAAAGCGCGCCUUUUUAGAAGUCAUUGCUCAUGCUAUGGUUGAAAAAUCACUAGAAGUAGAACGUUUACGCCAGGGAAAAUUACAAAGGGAUUUAGAGGAAUUAUGUCGCUUAAACAGAGUUAAGCGGUUGAGAGAAGAACGUCAACAACGUUCAGAAGAAGCGAUACUAUCUAAGUUAGUAAUCAACAGUCCAAGAUCAAUAGAGAAAUCAGAAUUUUUAGAAACACACUACCCAGAUAAUACGGUAAUUAUGAUUGAGACUAAAUUAUUAGUUAUCUGACCUAACUGUAAAACAAUGAUUAUACUGUGGAAAUGAGAUUGAAACAACCGCGACAAAUUUCCAACCAGUUUUUAGCCAAUCAGAAAGCAGCUUAUAUAAAUGGAUAGUUCGUGAAAAAGAGAACAAUAAUAUUGCAAAUGUGAACGGAUUUUACCUAAUCGAUAAAUCUAUUGCUUUCUUCUAUAGGUUACUAUGCCUGUAAAUCAAAAAGACAAUAACAUAUAAACUCAUCCUUAUGGAUAUAGAUUGUCCAUAUUCCUGAACCCUUAAAAAGGACUCAAAUGGAUUUUUAAGUCCCUACAUUGUUUCUACUUAAGGUUAGGUAUUUAGGAUCAGGAUUAAAAGUUUAGGGCAGGGGUUUCCACCACGAAAUGAUAUCAGAUAUAAUGUAAAAAUGAAUUUUACUCAAAAAUACAAGAAUCUGUUUAGCUCAUCAAACAUAAAAUGUAGUAUCACCAGGUUAAAGUUUGUUUCAAGAUUGGUAGUUUAGGGUUAAGAUUAAAGUAUAGUGUCAGUUUUCCUAUUAUAUUCAAUGGAAAAGGACAACAUUAAGCGUUCAAUACCUUUAACACUAUCAUUUUUAAGCAAAGAUGGAUAGUGGCUUGCAGUGGAAUCCAAAACGCGCGUUUUAUCCUAUUUGGGACUUGCCAGCUGGAUGUACCGGCAUCUCAUUCCAUUCCACAAGCAAGUGGCUAUCAGGAUUCAGUAGCUAAGUGGAUAAUGAGACGGCGUUUGAAACGAAUCGUACUGAGUCUGAGUCUCAGAGCGAACAUCAACUCAGUUCCGAAUGGGACGAAACGCGCGUCCUGGAUUCCACUACUAUUCACUAUCCUUAUUUCCACAACUAAUUAAUUUCGAUAAUGUAAUGAGAAGACGAAGUUAAUCAGAGUUAUAUGCAAUACAUUCGGAACAAUCUGACCACACAUAAUAUACUUGUUAGGACAUUAUUCUAUGAAAAUUAAAAGGUCAACUAGGCUAGUUAAAGGUAAGCCGUAACAAAGAAAAAAAUAUAGUACACAAAAGCAUUGUGAUAACCACUCUGGAGAACAAAUCAGUAUUACCAGGUUUCCGUAUAGCCAAGGCUUCAAUGAACAUUAGUAUACAUCCUUGAAGACUUUUGUACAACACUACAAACGCUGACUUGGAAUCCUGAAGGGAAGCGGAAAAGAGGAAGGCCAAAAAACACAUUGCGUCGGGAAAUAGAAGCAAAUAUGAAAAGGAUGAAUAACAACUGGAAAGAGCUGGAAAGGAUUGCUUGGGACAGGGUUGUAUGGAGAAUGCUGGUGGGCGGCCUAUGCUCUUCCACGAGGAGUAAUAGGCGUAAACUAAUCAAAAUAAUCAACAAAAGAUAAACAAGAAAAAAUCAACAAAAAGAAAACAUUCUCAAAAGAAUAAACAAUUUCAUUAUCAAAUCAUUACGUCAUCAUUAACGCCUUAUUCAUCAGAAUAUUAUUCUUAUUAUCGACAAUCAAAGUCUCCAUUUCGUAGGUCAUCCAAUUCUUCAAAUACCAAAAUAAACAAUAAACAAUUGAGAACUUUUGCUAAACAUUCUAAACAUCAUAAUAAUAAUAAUCAUAACAAGUCAAAGGAUAGAGAUAUUCAAGGAGAUCAACAUACAAAAACAAUUGAUGAUUUCCAUCAUGAGAAUAAUGCUCAUAAUGCUUCUGAACAAGUGGAUGAUUAUAAUAUUUGUCGAAAUAAUAAUAAAGAGGUUAGAGAAGCAAGGAAAACAUUGAAUCAGUAUAGACUGCCUUCUCAGACUGAAGUAAAACAAACUUCAUGUAUUGUCAAAUUUAUGUAUCUUGGUAUAUCAAGUACAGAAGAGUCAAAAAUACAACAUAUAAUUGAUCAACAAAAGAAUAAGAAAGAAGAAAAGAAUUCUAUGAAUAAUAAUAAUGAUACCAAUCAAUCAUUGUCACGUUUAAUUACAGUAAUUCAACAACCAAAUGGUGGUAAUACACAUACCCUUUUUAAAGGCCUACUUCAACCAGGUGAUACAUUCCAGAUUAUUUCGAAACGAGUAUAUGGUUUUCCGUUUUCACUAACUAUUUAUGUUGAUGGUACACAGGAUACACGUAUUAGUGCAUGUUGUGAGUAUCGGCAUAGACAAGGAGCUCGUAUUGGUGGAAAACAUGGCCAUUUUAUCUAUUUAUCUGUUGAAGGUUCAUUUCCAUGCUUUAGAUGUCGAGCAUUUAAAAAGCUGAAACAACGACAACAACAAGAAAAGAUGAAAAGAAAAGAAAAAUUCACCACUGAUGAAAAUGAUAACAAAAUACAACAGGAAGAAGCAGAUGAAUAUGACAAUAGUGAUGAUUUGAAAGUUUAUGAAGAUGAUUUUGAAACAGAAGACAAAAAAAUUAAUGGAGAUGGCGAUUACAAUGAAGUAGAAGAAAAAUUGGAAGUUGUUCAACCAUCAGGAAUAAAUAAAGUAGAUAUCAUCACAUUGAAUCGUGAGAAUACACUUUCAUCUAUUCACAAUAAUGAUUUCUAUCCACUUAGUUCUUUGUCGACAAUUUCAAGGCAUAAUUGUCGAGAAGAUUCUCAUUUGUCUUCAAUAGAACCUGAAAAAACAGAUGAUUCCAAAGAUAAUAAAAGAAAUGGUUAUGAUGAAAUCAAUUUUAUGGAAUAUUUUCAAGCUGCUUUACAUUCACUUGUCUUGAAUGAAAAUAAUAUUAAUGGUUGUUUACGUUGUAUAAUUUGGUUAAGUAUCUCACCUAAAAAAUGUACCCUAAUGGAAUAUGAUAAUGAUGAUGACGACGACGAUGAUGAUGAUGAUGAUCCAAAGGAAUUAACCAAGAAAAAUCAGUUUUGUGAAGCAAUUAUUAGACAACAGGAUGAAGAUUUAAUGCGCCUUGUUUUACCACAACCGAAUACUGGUGAUAAAUUGAAACUGCGCUGGCCAUUGAAUGAUUUGAAGAUUACAGAUAAAAUCAAAUAUGUUGAUUUUUGUAAUUUGUCGAAUGUUUUAACCGUACCUCUAUCUGAUGUUGAAAAACUUGAGCUCUCUUUAGAAAUACCAGAAGAGGAUAUCAUGUAUAAAUUUGUGGAACAUUCAUCAUUAAAAGAUGAUCGUUUGAUUACAUUCAGAAAUCCUUUGAAAAUAAUCCUUGAAGAUGAAGAAAAUGAUGAAAUGAAUAGUUAUUCACUGUUACGAUUUCUAUAUGAAUUAAAUAACGGGUGUAAUGAUGAUGUGGAAAAUGAAAAUCCAGCUGAACGUUUUGAAAAUAUCAAAGAUGAUUAUGACAGUGGAAAAUCAAGUGAAUCAUCUCCUCCAGUAUCACCGUCACUUGCCGAAAAAAAGAUUAAAUCACCUGUAAAGAAAAAGGAAAAUUCCAAAUCAUCAUCGUUUUCAUCGUCAUCUUCCUCUUCAUCAUUAUCAUCAUCAUCAUCGUCGUUGUCGUCAUCAUCAUCAUCGUUGAAUUCACCUUCUUCAAAGUUGAAGUCAUCUAAAAUCACUUCAACAAAUAUCUUCUCAAAUCAGUCGAACAGUCCAUUAACAUCAGACACUUUAACACCAACAUUUGAAAAGGAAUCUGAAAAUCAAACUGAUGAAAUACUUGAUUUGGAAUGGAUAAAUCCAUGUGAAAAUAAGACUGUUGAAUGUUCUAUUGAAAAUACUACAACUACUGUUAAUUAUGAAAAUAUGAAAAGGAAUAAUAGUACUGAAUCAUUGGAAAAUAACACGAAACAAGAUCCUACUAUUACUUCAGUUAUUCACAAUGACAAUGUUUAUCAAAACUCUGAAUUUCAGUCAUCAUCAUCAUCAGUAACAAGUGGUCGGUCAAUGGAAUUAAAUUCAUCAUUAUACAAUAAGAAUCAAGUUGUAGACGUUAGUUCUCAGCAUUCUUUACCUACAUCAUCAUCAGUACUGCCUUCGUCUACUAUUAGUUCUUCACCAUCAUCAUCUCCAAUCUUUACUACUACUUUGAUUGGUCUAGAAAAACCACAACUAUCGUCCAAUUCUUCUAUUGAUGAUGAUAUUUCAUCACAAUUAAUUUAUUCAAAGGAAAAACAUAUUGAAUCUAAUAAUUGUAAAGUGACUACUAACAAUAAUGAUCAUGAAAUGUUGACAGAAUUCGUCUAAACAUUACAAGAAUCUGAUAUUGGCUUAGAUUGUUUAUCAGUGACGGAGACUAGGGAUGAUGAUCACAAUUGUUUGUUUGUUGUGAUUUACUACAAGAGGCGUUAUUUAUUCUUUAAGAUUAUAGAUUACUAUUAUUAUUGUUAUUAUUAUUCUAGAUCUCUUAAAUAGAUUAUGGUUUUGUUUCUUUUCUUUUUGUCUAUGUUUUUGAUGGAGUUUUAUUCUCUGAGUUGGAUGAUUUGGUCGUGGAACUUUCAUCGUUCCUCUGGACGACAUCAUCAGCAACAAUAACUUCAGAUAGAAGUCUUCUAUUUGCAGAAGACUUCUAUCUAUCAUCCACCUGAGCUACAAAUAUUCUCCACCAUUUUUGCCUAUCGUAUUUCGUCAAACAAGAAAAUGAAUACUUUCCCACAAUUCAUUAAUGGAAAUUAACUAUUCGUUGUUCUAAAAUUAA